GCUGGUCGCCUCCACCUCAAACCCUCUCUCUCCGUCCGUCCGCGCCGCUACUCCCCCCUCGCCGAGAGAGCUCUAGGGUUUCCGCUGCCGAAUUUUUUUUUUAAUUCGGGGGGAGAGAUUUGAAGAGGCGGCACCAUGUUGGUCUACCAGGAUCUGCUUACCGGUGACGAGCUCCUGUCGGAUUCGUUCCCCUACAGAGAGAUCGAGAACGGCAUCCUCUGGGAAGUCGAUGGCAAGUGGGUCGUUCAAGGAGCUAUUGAUGUGGACAUUGGUGCCAACCCAUCUGCUGAGGGUGGUGGUGAUGAUGAGGGUGUUGAUGACCAAGCUGUGAAGGUGGUCGACAUUGUGGACACCUUCCGUCUUCAGGAGCAACCUCCUUUUGACAAGAAGCAGUUUGUGACCUUCAUGAAGCGCUACAUCAAGAACCUCUCCGCCAAGCUGGAUGCGGAAAAGCAAGAGGAAUUCAAGAAGAACAUUGAGGGUGCCACCAAGUACUUGCUUGGAAAGCUCAAGGACCUUCAGUUCUUUGUUGGUGAGAGCAUGCAUGAUGAUGGCGGCUUGGUGUUUGCCUACUACAAGGACGGAGCCACCGACCCAACCUUCCUUUACUUCUCUCAUGGGCUGAAGGAGGUCAAGUGCUGAGCGGUUCCUUCUGCUCGACACUGAUGUUUUAUCUAUGCAGUCCGCCGUAUUUUUGGUCUAGUCUAUGGUUGUCAGUUGACUCGAUAUGGUCUAAUGUUGGUGUCGGAAACAACUAUCGUUUGCUUGUUAUGGAUGUUGAGAUGAGUCCUUUUAAAAAAACCUCCGGAUUAUUGGAUUCAUGAGCUCCUUAAAUGUUUGGAACGAUAUUAAUUUGCUUUGUGAUGGCUGGAGAAAGAUAAUGAUGAAAUUGUUGUGCUAGCUAUGUU